CUAGCUGCAAAGAAUCACGCACACUUCGUCAAGAACCCAUAUUCACAGUUCCGUAAUGGAUGGACGGUUGAACAGGUCCUACAAGCACCUAAGAUUACUGCUCAACUCACGAAGUUCAUGUGCAGUCCUACAUCGGAUGGUGCAGCCUGCUGUAUCAUUGCAUCAGAAGACUUUGUACAUGCCCAUGGAUUGGAGAAUCAAGCCAUUGAAAUAGUUGCGCAAGGCCUUGAGACGGACGACCCUGCUGCGUAUGAUACUAAAAGUGCUAUGGAGGUUGCCGGCUACGGGAUGUCGAAGCGAUGUGCUGACAAUGUAUUUAAAGACGCUGGCUUUGCUGAUGGUGAAGGACGCGACUUGGUUGGCGUGGUUGAGCUGCAUGACUGUUUUUCCGCAAACAAACUCAUUACAUAUCCUGCCCUUGGACUUUGUGCCCCUGAUGAGGCCCAUAAGAUGGUCGAAAGAGGUGACAAUACGUAUGGCGGCAAGUAUGUUGUAAACCCGAGCGGCGGUCUUGAAGCCAAAGGACAUGCACUCGGGGCUACUGAUCUGGGUAUGCAUUUUUAUAUAACAAGUGAGCAUUCUAUUAAGUUGGUGAUAUUUGGCAUGCAAGCACCUGGCUUAUUCGACAUCCCGGACAAACGGGGAAAAUUCGGUCUUGUUCACAAUAUUGGUAUUGGGGGUGCAGUGGUCGUUAGUCUACUCUGCAGGCCUGAGUUUUACAAAGCAGGGGGUAUUGACGGCCAGGCUAGACUGGGAUACAAUCACGCUUAUGAAUGCCGGCCUGUUACGCUUGCAGAUAUCGACAAAGUUAAGUCGAAGAAAUCAUCGAAGUUUGUUCUUCAGCAUGCAAAACUUUGAAAAGCCUAUGAAAUAUUUUCUA